CUUUUAAAUUCAUACUCCCCCACAUCAUUGGGAAAAUUUUUCUUAUAGGGUUAUAAUGGAAUGUCAUAGUAAACUUAGAAAAAGCAUGAGUUUCACCACAAACGGAACACCAGUCAGUAAAUUAAACCCUAACAAGCUUAAAUUUUGAGAUGAUAGUUUCAAACUUUACCUAGUUUCAUAAUAUAUGCAUUAAUUAUAUCAAAAUAUGUUUAAUGUUUAUGUGGAUUUAUUGUAUUUUCCCACAGCGGCUAAUUUAAAAGUAAUAUCUCCCCUAAAAUUUAAGCGCUGUUGUGUUUGAGAAUAAAGUCAGUGUGGACAUGUGUUGGUGACCCAGAAACUAUCUUUGAGUUUUAUUGUCAAUUUCUCUUGGAGGGUUGGAUCACUGUCCACACUAAGUGACUUCUAUAUGUAACCUAAUUAGAUAUGUCUACCCUUUGCCCACUGGAUGCAGUAAGGUUUAUGUAAUUGGGGUUAGAAAUUAAAGAAUGGCCUUACAAUGUGAAGCUCAAGAUAAAUCUGGUGAAGUAGAAAAGCCCUGGCGCCGACAGUAUCUCCAAGUUCUAUACUGUGGGAGAACAUCCUCUCCAGUAUCAACCUUAGAAUAAAUAUUCAGUUUCUCUUAGAAACUCUGUUCAUUAAUUUUGUUAGUCAAGUUUAUGAUGCAUUUGUUUCUUAUAUUCUAAUGAAUUGUCUUAAGAUGAGAUUGUGGAGAAUACACUGUUCUCUCUGUAUUUUUGAUGGUCAUGGUCUGUUUUCAUACGUCUGUUCUCCAAAUCCAUGGUCAUUUAAAUCUCUUUACUUAGUUUUAUUGCCUCUGUUUUUGAGCUGCAGCAGUCGGAGCUGUAUCCAAUAUGCCAGAUUUAAAUGUAUUGUAGUUUUUAUUUAAUGUAUUAUAUUUCUGCUAAGGUCCCAAGAGUAUACAGUUAAGGAUGGUAUUUAGGACUGAUGAUUUUAAGGAAUGACUAUAAUGAUUUCUUUUUUCUUUUUAAAUUUUUGUUGUUGUUGUUGUUUUUUAGAGAGAGACAGAGAGCAAGCUGGGGAGGGGCAGAGAGAGGAGGGAGACACAGAAUCUGAAGCAGGCUCCAGGCUCCAAGCUGUUAGCACAGAGCCUGAUGCAGGGCUGGAACUCACGAACUGUGAGAUCAUGACCUGAGCUGAAGUCGGACGCUUGACCGACUGAGCCACCCAGGUGCCCCAUGACUGUAAUGAUUUCUAAGAUUGCAUCAUCUAUGUCAUAUCUACAUUUCAUUUUAUACAUCUAAGUUAGCUGUACACCUUAAGUGAACUUGUAUUUUUGCUUGUGAUAAAAUUUGAUUACCACUUUUUGUUCACAAUGUUUAUAAUCUUAGUUGACUUUUGAUUAGUAGAUGUCAUUUGGAAAUUUGCAGAUGUUCUUUUUGCAUUCCUUUCAUCCCCUGUAAAGACUUAAAUGAGGAAAGCUAUUCUUGUAUACAUCUAGAGAAGUGCCCACAGUCUCUGUUCUUUAAUAAUAUAGCAUUCUGCCAUUAUAAUUAUUAAUUACAGUCUUUGCAAUAGAAAUUUAUUUAAGACUUUUUUAAAAGUAGGUUUUAUCCAGUUUACACUAACUGCUUUUUUAUAUUCAAAUUACUGAUGACAUUGUCAUACACUUGCAUUUUGUGAAAGAAAACAUUUUGGGGGAAUUGGUUAGUUCAAGGCUUUUGUUUAUAUUUUUACCGUGAAAGCCCUAAAUUUCUCUCAAACAUAGUAACGUAGAUGCAGUUAAAUGUAAAAAUAUCCCCCAACACAUCCAUUCAGGCUAGAAGGUAAACAAUGUAAGGACAGAGUUUUAUUUGUUUCCUUCCUUUCUUGGCUUUAGUCACUGUUGUGUCUCCAGUAUGUCACAUAGAGUAGAUAAAUGUAGCAGCUAUUUGUCAAUAAAAUGGAUCAAAUCUUGUUGCUCACAGGUCUGUUGAAUGACUCCUUAUACAUUUUUCUCUGUGUAUGUCCUCUCCCCAGUGACAACACUUUAAAUGCUUUCUUUUAUUUUUAAAAACUAAUACAGGUAUAUGGUAAAUGAAAAAGGUAGAAAGGGAAUAUGAUAAACCUCUCUUCAGCUUGAGUAAGCCCACUGCCCUGAAACAUUUUCUGUUAACAGUUCUUGUGUGCCCUUUCAGAAAUACUUUUUGCUUGUGAAAGCCUAUAUAUAUGUAUCUUUUUCAGCACAAAAAAAGGGGUUUGUUUUGGUUUCCCAGUUCUUAGAUGUGACACAGCUGCUGUGUGAGAGCAUAUAGAAUUGGACUGGUCCUAGUUGGGUUUAGGUGUGGCUACUCCUGGGGAAGUAAUUUUUAAGAUGGCACCAACUGCUUUUUAAUUUAAUAAAGCUGUUAAUCCAAGAAUAAUUCUAUGUUCAGAAUCCAUUAAUACUACUGGGAAAUACUGCAGUGCUGUCCAGUAGAACUUUCUGGGUAAUGGAAGUAUUUUGUAUCUUUUCUGUUCAGAGUGAUACUAACCAAGCACAUGUUUCCUGGGUUGUAAAUUUGAGAUUAUUAGACUAGAUGAUUUCUAAGUUUACUUUUCAGCUAUCAGUUGCACAGAUGCUAAAGUAUUAUCUUCCUGAAGAAACAGUUACUGACUUGUCCAAAAUCAAAGCAGCCAUUAUAUGAUAGGCAUUUGAACCUAAAUUCCUUGCCUAAUCCCAUACUGUUCUCACUUUUGUCUGACCCUAGUGUAUUUAAGAAAUUGGGCAGAGUAUUGAAGCUAGUGUUUUGUUUUAUUUUAUUUAAAAUUUUUUUUUUUUCUUAAUGUUUAUUUAUUUUUGAUAGAGGGAGACACAGAGCGCGAGCAGGGGAGGGGCAGGGAGAGAGGGAGACACAGAAUCUGAAGUAGGCUCCAGGCUCUGAGGUGUUAGCACAGAGCCAGACACAGGGCUCGAACCCACAAAAUGUGAGAUCAUGACCUUAGCCGAAGUCGGAUGCCCAGCCGACUGAGCCACCCAGGCACCCCUGAAACUGGUAUUUUUUAAAGAGAUGAUCAGUAGACAAGUAAAUAGUGAAAAUAUUUUCUCAGAUUUUGAUCUGCUUACAUCAAUUGGACAAAAUCCAAUAAAGUCUUCUUUUGAAUUAGGCCCCAAAUUCCCCUUUUAGCCCUUUUAGACUUAGCAUUUAUGCAUUGCGCAUCCUUCUUUUUCCAGAUGGUGCAGUCUCUUCACUUUUCAUGUGAAUGUGGUCUGUCAGGUUUUAAAACAGGUGAAGUUUCAACUCUUCAUGAAGCAUUCCCAAGAUAACUCCACUCUUGUACUUCUUAAUUUCUGUCUCUAUCUUAUUCUUUGGGUCCUAUUCACAUCCUUUUGUACUCCAUCUAUUUGGUGUCCUUUAUUGCUAUAGCAUAACUAUAUUAUGCGUUGAAGUUGAAGUAGGUUUUUCUUUUUAUUAGAAAAUAAAACACAAACAUAAAACCACCAAACAAAUGAAUAGCUGAAAGGCAAACAACCUUGUAACCCAAGAAAGAGAACUUUGCCACCUAUCCCAGAAGUGUUUCCAUAUGCCCCACCCUUAUGUCAGACCCUUUCCUCCCUCUACAAAAUAACCAGUAUCCUUGAUGUAGUAAUCACUUUCUUCGAUUUUGAUACAGUUUUACCACCUAAUUCUGCACUCUUAAAUGCCACAGUUUAAUCCUGUGCAUUAAAUAUUUGAUUUUUUAAGUCUCAAUAUAUAGGUCUCCCCUCCAGCCUUUUCACUUAAAUUUUAUCUGUUGAAGAACCUAGGGCAUUAGACCGUAGAAUUUCCAACUGUCUGCAUUUUGUUGAUUGUAUACUCCUGCUGCAGUUUGUCAUGCUCCUUUGUUCUUUAAUUCCCUGCAAAUUGCCAAUUGGAUCUAGAAAUUUCAUCAAACUGACUUUAGAUCCCUUUGGCAAGACUGCAGGUGGUUUUAUGUUCUUUCAUCAGAUCCCUAAUGUCUUAUCGUGUGUGAUGUUAGUAGCUGUUGAUAUUCAGUCCCUAGAUCCUUUCGUUCAUUGUGAUACUCUAAUUCUAUCAUUUCUGGGUUUAUUAAUUGGAAUAUUUUUAUAAUGAAAUGCUGUGAUUCAUCUAUUUAGAUACCCAGUGGUACGGUUCAUAAAGGAAAAUACAUGAUUCUUGCCCUACAUUUACCACCUUUGUUGAAAUUGUGAUUCAUAUACUGUACAUUUCACCCAUUGAAAAAUGUACAGUUCCAUGCAGUUUUUUAGGUGUAUUCACAGAGUUGUGUGUGAAUUUAAAAAUUUUUCAUUACCCCAAGAAGAAACCCUACGUUCUUUGGCUGUCUAUUCCCAUUCUUCCCUCCACCCCCAACCUAUUCCAGACGUUUCCUAUGAGUGGAAUCAUACAAUAUUUGGUCCUUUGUGACUGGCCUCUUUCUCUGACCACAUAAUGUUUUUAAGGUUUAUCUGUGUUGUAGCACAUAUUAGUACUUCAUUUAUUUUUCUUGCGGACUACCAUUAUACCACAUUUUAUAUAUCCAUUCAUCAGUUGAUAGACAUUUGAGUGAUUUGCACAUUCUGGCUAUUAUUUUGCUCCUGUGAACAUUUAUAUAUAAGUUUUCAGGGGGACGUAUGGUUUUGGAUUCUCUUGGUUGCAGGAAUAGCAUUGCUAGACCAUAUGGUAAUUCUAUAUACCCCAAUAAUCUUGGAUAGCUUCCUCACUGUGUUAUAGCACGAUGUUCCACGCUCAACUUGUACAUUUCCUUCUCCACAGUUGUAAUAGCCAUUUCUUUCAGAAACCCUCCUUUCUUUUAGUAGGAAGUGGUAUUUCAAAAACCAGGAGCUGGAUAUUAGGGAUACUCAUUGUUAUUGUGUUGGUCUUGUUUGUAGGCAUCUUCAGUGAACAGAAUGAGGAAAUAUUUAGUAUGGUAAAUAUAUAUUCAUUAUGUACAUUGAUAUGUUAAAUGUUUAUGAUUUACUUACACAUUAAAUAUAUAAAGUAUACAUUAACCAGACUUGUUUUAUCUAUUUAUUUUAAAUGUAUUCUUUACCUCAGGAAUUUGCUAAUUCAAAAUAACAGCAUUUUUUAUUUAACCUGUCUUUUGUACAUUUCUGUGACCUUUCACACCAAAAUCUUAGUUGUUAAGAAUGUGGGAUUAGAGACCUUAUCCCAUAAUCACUCAUUAACUUAACCCCACAUUACACAAAUAAGUCUCAGACUAACAGUACUUUUGUCAUCAGCAGUAUAAUUAUGGAGAACAAUAAAAUGUUUUUGUUUUGCUCUCCCAUCUCAUCCAUGUUUUUUAAGGUCAUAUUAUAGCUACGUUAUCUUAAAUAGCUAUUACACAACUUUUCUUUUCAAUCUUUAUUUAAUCUUAGUUCUGCAAGUAACCAUUUUUGUUCACUACCAGUGCUUCUGUUUAAGUCUCUGUAGUCAUUUUGAUUGUUACAAGUUCUUUUGAAGAUGAUGGAAACCAUAUUCUCUGAAUCCUUGUGUGUUGAUAAUAAUUUAUCUUUGCCCUUUAGACCCAAGGUCCGUUUUGCUGUGUAUAAAAUUCUCGGCUCCUGCUUUCUUUUCUUAGAUAUCUUAAAUAUGUAACACAUUUUUUUUCCUGGCAUAAAGCACUAGUAUUGGUGGUAAUCUAGUCUUCUCCAAUUUAUUUUUGCCUAAGUGGCCAGUUUUUUUCCUUUAUAAUCCAGUAAUUUUACUACAGUGUGUCUUGGUGUUGGUUGUUCUGGGUUAAUAUACUCAAGUGUGUAAUGUGAUCUUUCGAUAUGUGAUUUCAUAUCUUUUUUACUUACGUUUUGUGUUUUGAAUCAUUUUUAGUGUCUAGUAGUUUGGAAGUGUGUUACUGUUUUACUUUGUGAUUUUUUAUUGUAAAAUAGACAACAAAAUUUAUCAUUUUAACCAUUUUUAAGUGUACAGUUAAGUGACAUUAAGUACAGUAUUCACAUUGUUGUGCAAACAUCACCACCAUCCAUUUCUAGUACUUUUUUAUUUUUUCUAACUGAAAUUCUGCUCAUUGAGCGAAUGCCACAUUCUCCCACUCCUCCAGACCCUUGGAACCACCAUUCUAUUUUGUCUUUGGAUUUCACUAUUCUUGUAUCUCUUAGAAGUGGAAUCAUGCGAUAUUUGUCCUUCUUUGUGUGUGUCUUAUUUUACUUAACCAUAAUGUCUUCAAGAUUCACCCACGUUGUAACGUGUCAGAAUUUCCUUCCUUUUUAAGGCUGAACGUUACUCCAUUGUAUGUAUGAACCACAGUUGGAUUCCUUUUAUGUUUUGGUUAUUGUGAAUAAUGCUGCUGGAUUGUGAAUAAAUGUGGGUUAAGUUCUUGCUUUCAACUCUUUUGAGUAUAUACCCAGAAAUGGAGGAUCACAUUGUGAUUUCAUGUUUAAUUUUUUGAGGAACUGCUAUAUUUUCCACAGCAAUAAGCACUAUCUUACAUUCCCACUAGCAGUGCACAAGUGUUCCAAGUUCUCCACAUCCUCACAACACGUGCUCUUUUCUGGUUUUCUGAUAGUAACCAUCCUAAUGAAUGUGAAAUGGUAUCUCAUUGUAGUUUUAAUUUGCAUUUCUCUGAUGACUUAAUGAUGUUUUAGCAUCUUUUUGUAUGCUUAUUGGCCAUUUAUAUGUUUCCUUUGGAGAAAGUUUAACCAGUCUUUUAUCUAUUUUUUUUUUUUUUAAGUUGUAGGAUUUCCUUGUAUAUUCUGGAUGUUAAUCUCUUAUCAGGUACAUGAUUUGCAAAUAUUUUCUUUGAUUCUGUGGGCUGUCUUUUCACUUUCUUGAUGCACAAAAAUUUUUUGCUUUUAGGUUUAAUUUUUUAUUUUGAGAGAGAGAGGGAGAGACUGAGAAUCCCCAGGCUCCACACUGUCAGCACAGAGCCCGAUUCAGGGCUCAAACCCAUGAACCGUGAGAUCAUGACCUGAGCCGAAAUCAAGAGUUGGAUGCUUACCUGUCUUAGCCACCCAGGUGCCCCUGCACAAAAGUUUUUAAUUUUGAUGAAGCCCAGUUUACCUGUGAUUUCUUGUGUUUUAUGUGCUUUUGGUUCCUAUCUAAGAAAUCAUUGCCAAACCCAAAGUCCUGGAGUUCUUGUUUUCUUCUAAGGGUUUUAUAGGUUUAGUUCUUACAUAUAGGUCACCAAUCCAUUGUGAGUUAAUUUUUGUAUAUGGUGUAAAGUGAGGGUUGGAUUUCAUUCUUUUGCACUUGGAUAUCUGGUUUCCCUGGUACCAUUUGUUUUUGUUUUUGUUUUUGUUUUGAGCAGUUCUUUCUAGUGUGAUUUUUAUUGCUUAGGGUUAACUCUUCUGAUUCGUUUCUUACAGUAUUUUUGUAUGACCUAAAUACUUUUCAGUUACAUAUGCAGAUAUAUAGCUUGCUUUCUAAGGUUCCCUGGCUGUGUUCCCCCUCCCUCAUUUUUAUCUUUUCUUUGCCUUGUCCCUGUCCUGCCAUUUCUGCUUUGGAAGUUUCAAUAUUGAGUCCUGGAAAAGAGCCUUGGGAGAUCGAUUUGAAAAGUACAUGGAAGUUGGCUUGAACCCUUUAAGCCCUACUCUAGGCAUCUGGCAUCCACCCACUUACUGAAAUUGACAAAAUUCCUCCCUGGUUUAGCUGCUGUUACCAGAUUGGCCCACCAUGAUUUCCUAAAUGCUUGGGGGCUACUUUGAAGUUCUUACCAAGUCCAGCAAAUGCCCCAUUCCGUUCCUUUGCUUCUUUUUGCAUAGAUGCUGAUAGUGGGACGCUCUUGUGGCUACACAGUAGUCAGUUUUGUCCUUAACCCGUUCAGUAUUUUGGAAUUUCCUAGGAAUGCCUUGCCAAAUAGUUUAGUUAUAAAUAUCCAUGGGGUUUUGCUUUUGCUCUAGUUACUCUGGUUUUCUAUGGGAAUUUGGUUACCACCUCUGCCAAUAUCUAUCUUCUCAGAAUUCUUCAGAUAAAACAUUAAAAGGUAAUCCACAGUCCCUUUAAGAGAUACAGUAAUUUCCAAACACUGCAGUAGACUAUCAUUUAAAUGUACAGUUGACCCUUAACAUGGAUUUGAACUCCAUGAGUGCACUUAUACACAGUUUUUGUUUUUUUUUUUUUCAGUAAAUAUAUUGGGAAAUUUUUGGCAAGAUGCAACAAUUAAAAAAAUUCAAUGACAAACCACAUAGCCUAGAAUUACUGAAAAAGUGAGAAAAAUGAGGUAUUAUGAGAAUACAGUAAUACGUGUAACAUAAAAUAUGCGUUAAUUGACUAUUUAUAUUAUCAGUAAUGUUUCCAGUCAGUAGUAGGAGUUUGGAGAAAGUCAAAAGUUAUACAUGUGUUUUUAAUUCAGGGUGGGAGUGGGUUGGCAUCACUAAUUCAGUGGGUUGGCCCACAUUGUUCAGGGGACAACUGUACUUUAAUAGGUAUAAGUUCUUCUAAGAAGAUAAGGAUAUCAUUUUUUUAAGAAUCAUUAAGUCACUUGAGUUUCAUUCUGUUAAACAAGGAACAUAAUCCAUUUGGGAAAGUUUAUUAAUAGACAUAAAAGCGUAUGUGAUAUUCUUGAUUGAUUUUGCAUAUUAAUUUUGAAAAGAACUCUAGAAAGUUCUCCCACAAAGCUUUAAUGUUAUUUUGAAACAUGGCAGUUUGUCUGCCUAAUUACAGGGAUGUUGACUGAUAAAUAUUGGGCUAUAUAUUAUAGGUCUCUAUAAAGUCUUAAUGAAUCACCUUGUUUUCCCUCCUCAAAAUUAGAUGAUUGUAACAGGUCCAAAUCACAUCUUUUGUACACACACACACACACACACACACACAUAUUUAUGUUCAUAUGCUUCUAUCAUAGCUUUAGCUCAUCUGUCCCAGAAAUAAGAAAGCAUUUUAUUUUUAUUCUAAGAAAGCAUUUUAUAUAAUUUGGUAAUGUAGUGCUUCUACACUAACUCUGGUCUAUAGAAUAGAGCAGAAUUUUACAUUAACAAAUGUGCAUUGAGUAUUUGCAUUAGCCAAGCCACACAAAGGCCUCUGCAUAAACAUUGACUAUGUAAUUUAUAAAUUGAUUUUGAAGGCAGAACAAGAAUUCUGAAGAUGUUUUUAUUGCAUAAAAUCGAUAAGGUAAUGUUUUUAAGGGAAAAUCAAAUUAGAUUGCUGUGUACUUGUUAACGGUUCUAGUUGCAAAGCUGCUGUAUUAAGUACUCCUAUGAUCAUAUUUAAGGAAAAACAUGUAAUACGAAGUUUCUCUUUAAAUCAUUUGAGUCUGGAGGUGCCUGGGUGGCUCAGUCGGUUAAACAUCCGACUUUGGCUCAGGUCAUGAUCUCACGGCUGGUGGGUUUCAAGGCCUGCUUCUGACUCUGUCCUGACAGCCCAGAGCCUGGAGCCUCCUUCAGAUUCUGUGUACCCCUCCCCCUCUCAUGGUUUCUCCCUCAAAAAUAAAUAAAUAUUAAAAAAUAAAAUAAAUUAUUUGAAUCUGAUAUAGAAAAAGAAGCAAAUGAGGACUUGUUCGGUGUAAAAUUUUAAAUGUUAUAGUUUCAGUGGCUUGUACUUAGUUACCCGAUGCUAUGUGUUUAUAUGACAACGUAACAAUGUUAUUCCACAAACAUUAAGUAUGUAUUAUGUAACAAGCAGUAUGCAAAGAAGGUAUGUAUUUUCUUGUAAAUAAAUAAGAAAUAGUGCCGGAAAGGAAAAAAAACAUUUGUCUACUGUGGGAAUGACUAGGAACAGUAACCAAUUUGAGCUAUUCUAUGGUGCCUAUAACAUGUAAUACAUUUCCAUCUGCUUCAUACCAUUUUAAUGAACUUUCUCUUCAGAAUGCCAAUUGUGGGGGUUAAGCCUGUGUGCUAAAUAUAUAUAGCCACUAACUAGAAGUGGUUAAUUUCACAUUCUUUACUAUUUUAACAUGGCUACUAGGAAAUUUUUAAUUACAUUUGUGGCUUACAUUGCAUUGCUCUUUGAUAGUGCUGGUUUGGGCUAUAAACUUAUUUUAAUUUUUUUUAAUGCUUAUUUAUUUUUUUGAGAGCAAGCAGGGGAGGGACUUUGGGGGGGUGGGCAGAGAAACAGAGGAUACGAAGCAGUUCUGUGCUAACAGCAGAGAGCCCGAUGCAGGGCUCAAACUCAUGACCCUUGAGAUCAUAACCUGAGCCCAGGUGGGACACUCAACCAACUGAGCCACCCAGGUGCCCCGGGCUAAAAGCUCUUAAAAAGUAAUACCAAUCAACUAAUGAAAAGUAUAGACAUUUGUAUCUGUGAACAAAAUUAUUUUGGAAUUCACACUGUAGUAAUUUGUUCCAUAGAAAAGUUUGCACAUUCAAACUAAGCUUAAAUAGUGGCCUUAUUUACAAGUUGAAAAAAAAAAAAAAUGAUUCUUUUCGGGUCAAGAAUUAAGAGCAUGAAAACUGUCGUAGUUUCAUGCUUGGGGAAAGAAAAAAAUAGCUUUGAGCAGGGAAAGGAAGUUCUGAGGAUUUGAGGGCAGUCUUUAAGUGGUAUUUUGAUUCAGAGAAGAUACCAGAUUUUUACAAGCUCCCACAUCCUUGGAUAGUUGGUAUUGCUCUAGCUUAGUGAUUGCUAUUUAGAUCACUAAUAGAAGUAGCCAUUUGAAUCAGUGGUUUCCUUUAUGUAGACUUAAACAUCUGUUCAAAUUAUUUUUGUUAACUAAACAAACAAAAGUUUCCUGAAAUAAUUACAUAAUUUAAAUAUCAAAAUUAGGUACAGCUGGGUGGCUCAGUCGCUUGUCUGGCCUUGGCUCAGGUCAUGGUCUCAGUUUGUGAGUUCGAGCCCUGCAUUGGGCUCUCAGCUUUGGGUUCUCCACCUUCUUUCUCUCCCCCUCCCCUGCUGGCACACUCAUUCAUUCAUUCAUUCAUUCAUUCUCUCUCUCUCUCUCAGUAAAUAAACUUUUUUUUAAAAAGUCACAAUUAAAUGUUGUUUAAGAAAUGGAUAUGUAGUAUACCUUCUUAAAAAGAAACCUAAUUUUCCUUUUAAAUUAACAAAUGUGCUAUGAAGUUAUACAGGGUUAAGAUAAAUGUUGUUUACCGGUGUUUAUUGUGCUGUGAUUAGGUUUCUGGUUUCCUAGAAAUUCCCUUUAUUGGCAGUAACUUAAAAAGGGAAGUCUUUGACAUUAGCUCCUUAAAAAAAAAAAUCUUUAUUGAAAUCAUUCACAGACCGUAAAAUUCACCCAUUUAGAAUGUAUAAUUUAAUGGGUGUGUUUACAGAGUUGUACACUAUCAUUGCAGUCUAAGUUUGUAAUACUCUCACCACCCCAAAGGAAACCCUAUACCCAUUAGCAGUUGUUCACUGAUUUCUCUCCCCCUUUCAGCCCUGGACAACCAUUUUCUGUGUCUCAGUAGAUUUGCCUAUGCUGUGCAUUGCAUAUAAAAUGAAAUUAUAUAAUAUAUGGUCUUUUCACUUACAACGUUUGCAAGAUCCAUCCAUGGUGUAGCAUGUAUCAGUACUUCAUUCCUUUUUACUGUCAUCAUUCCUUUUUACAUUCCAUCAUGUGGAUAUACAUCAUUUUAUUUAUCCAUUUAUCAGUUGAUGAACAUGUGGUUUGUUUCUGCUUUUUGCCUAUUGUGAGUAAUGCUGCUGUGAACAUUCCUGUACAAGUUUUUGUGUGGACAUUUUCAUUUUUCUUCAGUAUAUACCUAGGAGUGGAAUUGCUGGGUUGUAUAGUAACUCUAUAGACCUCAGUAAUCUUGGAAAGCUUUUUGAAAACAUUUUGAGAAGCUGCCACACUUUUCCAAAGUAGUUAUACCAUUUUACCUUCCCACAAGCAUUGGAUUAAGGGUUCCUUCCAGUUCCUCCACAUCUUUGUCACAAUUUGCUAUCUUCUAUCUUUUUCUUUCUUUUUUUUUUUUUUUUUUUUUAAAUUUAUUUUGAGGGGUGGGAAGAGCAGAGAAAGAAAAUGAGAAUCCCAUGGAACUCUAACUCAGAAACUGUGAGAUCAUGACCUGGGCCAAAAUCAAGUCAGACACUUAACCCACUGAGCUGCUCAGGCACCCCUGUCUUUUUUUUUAUUAUUAUCAUUAUUAUUAUUAUUGCCAUCUUAUGGGCACGCUAGUGAGUAUAAAAUAGUAGCUUAUGGUUUCAUUUUGCGUUUCCAUAGUGACUGGUGGUGUUGAGCAUCUUUUCAUGCAUUUAUUGGCCAUUUGUAGUAUCUUUGGGGAAAUGUCUACUUAACCCUUUCCCAUUUUUUAAAUUGUAUUGUCUCUUUAUUAAGUUGUGAGAGUUCUUUGUAUAUUCUAGAUAACAGUUCCUUAUCAGAUACAGGAUUUGCAAAUAUUUCCUCCCAUCCUAUGGGUUAGCUUUUUCACUUUGUUGAUGGUUUCAUCUGUAACACAUGCAUUUAAUUUAUUAGGAUUUUUCUUUUGUCAUUUGUGCUUUGAUGUCAUAUCUAAGAAAACAUUGCUUGAUCCAUUGUCAUGAAGGUGUAUUCCUGUUUUCCUUUACAAGUUUUUAUCUCUUAAAUUUAGGUCUAUGAUCCAUUUUUAGUUAGUUUUUGUAUAUGGCAUAAAGAAAGGGAUGGAUUUCAUUUUUUUGCAUGUGGAUAUGCAGUUGCCCCAGCACCAUUUGUUGAAAAGACUGUUUUUCCUCUAUCCAAUUAAAUGUUUAUUUCUGGAAUCUAUCCUAUUCCAUGAUCCUUAUGUCUUUCCUUAUACUAUUACCACAUGGUCUUGAUGACUGUAGCUUUGUAGUUUUGAAUUCAGAAAGUAUGAGUCUUCUAACUUUGUUCUUUUUCAAAACUGUUUUUGCUUUUCUGGAUCCCUUGUGUUUCCAUAUGAAUUUUAGAAUCAGCUGGUCAGUUUCUGCAGAAAAGAAGCUGAGAUUCUGACAGGGAUUGUGUGAAUCUGUAGAUCAAUUUGGGGAAUACUGUCCACAAUAUUAAGUCUUCUGUAGUAUUAGUUAUUUGUUUAGCCAUCCGAAGGAAAGGGGACUUUGAAAGAUUGAUGUGGAAUAUUUGAAUAUCUAUGCAAGUUGCUUCCCAAUAUUCUAUGACUAUUUACCAUUGGCUGGUAGGAGCUGAGUGUAUAAGGGAAAAUAGAGACUUAACUGAGUUUUUUUUCAUUUUUGUAAGUUUCAUAAUGGUAACUUAUCCUCCAUAAAUAAAUACUUAAAUGUCAGGUUACAGUAAGCAUUUAAAUACUUUUAAAUAUAGUGUAGUUAUUCUAUGGAAAUCAGGCCUUAUUCUCUUAAUUAUUACUGCUUUUCAGCAGUACUGAAUAAUAGUAUUUUUCAGUCUUAUAUAGCCAGCUCUCUUCAGAUAUAAUUAGAAAUCUAAAAUAACAUCCAACCUGAAGACUUUUGUAUUUCUCAGCAUAAAUUUUCUUAUGUUGACAGUAUUACACUCACACAUAAUUAUAUGGGUAGGAAAACUAAAAUACCAGGCUGAAUUAAUGACAUUUUUUGUAAUACUGGAAUGUCAGUCUUUUCAGUACAACAAAAUUAAGGAUGUAAACCAGUUUGUACUGAAAUUUUGGCUUAAUUGGUCAAGCUUGGUGAGAUCUUUACUUUUUUUUUUUUUUUUUAAUAUAUUUUUAUUUGAGAGAACACGUGAGCAGGGGAGGGGGCAGAGAGAGAGAGAAACUUAAGCAGGCUUCCGGCACAGUGCGGGUUCGAUCCUGCAACCCUGGGAUCAUGACCUGAGCCAAAAUCAAGAGUUAGACACCCAACCAACUUAGCCACCCAGGCACUCCAGUGAUCUUUGUUAUUAACAAAUGGACAUUUUAACCUAUUUUCCUCUUUGUUGAGGAGCCAUUACCCCCCUUUAUUUUUCCAUAUAUCUAAGCUUAUACUUCUCUUUUCAUAUUCUGAGACCUUUCUGGGAAUCUUCUAAAGUUAUGCCAUUACCACUUUUCUUUAACUGUAGCCUUAGGCAUGUGAUUUCCCAGUUUUUAGCUGUGAUACCUAGAACUAACUGGAUAUUAAUGAAGUCUUUUGAAGGCACAGGGAAUAGUUCUCCUAGUCUUAGGAGAGGGGGAGUUUGGAGGCAGUUAACGAACAGGGAAGAAAUGGCUUCACCGGCUUAUAGGACCUAAAGAUGAAAAAUAACAAUAGAUUAGAAUAAGCUUCUUGAUGAUGUAUUAGCAAAUAGAAGGCAGAUGUGGAAGUCUUUUCUUUGUUUCUCUUAGGACUCUUUUGGACUAGGAAAUUUAAAUUUGAAGAGUAAUAAAACAGCUGUGGCUUCUUCUUAAAUACAAAUGUAUACAUAAGGUGUAUGCAGAAAUAUAUUACUAAAAGGAUGAAGACCGGAAUGAUUUCAUUUGAAAUUGACUGGUAUGGCCAUCAUCAGUGGCUUUUGUUAAUUCAAACUGACCUUGCCUCCAAAUAUCAAGGUUGAAGCCAACAUUGGAGAGUGAAGAAUGUCAGCAGUGAGGGCAUCAUGAGCAGAAGGGGGAGACAGCGGCCAGGAAUGGGCAGGAAGAGAAAGGAUGGAGAAGGAAGGGAGUCAGAUCAAGAGGUAGGAAUGGAAACAUAUAAAGGAAUAGAAAAAGAGAAGGGGGUAAAAGGAGGGGAAAGGGACGAAAGGAAUACUGGUGUAAUCAUUGAAGUAAUGUCGUGUAUCAUCAUUUUGGUGUGUUUGAAUUCGCUUAGUUAGGGCUCCAAUGGAACCUUUAAAGAAUUGAGUUUAACUGUGGAAGGAAGAAGGUGCGCAAGAAAGAAGGGAAUUUUUAAAAGCAUGUUAAAUCACCUUUAAAUUUUAAGAUCAGCAUUAGCAAUACACAAUUGUUGUUUACAGCAUAAUAAUAAUAAUGUACUUUACAGCAUAAUAAUAAUUUCAGUCAUAUGACUCUGGGCACCAUUCUAAGUGCUUUAUGUAUAUUGAUUGAUUUAAUUCUCACCACAACUUUAUAAGCAGAUACUAUUUCUCCCAUUUUACAGAUGCAGAAACUGAGCCACAAAGAGAAUAAGUAAUUUGCCUAGGCUAGUCAGAUAACAGAGCCAGGAUUCCACUGAGGCACCCUGACUACUAUGCUACAGCUGGCUUCAUCACCUCUACCUCCCCCUCUCCAUGAUUUGUAUGCCCUGAUGGAGUAAAAUGUUUGCAGGCUGUAGAGGAGGAAAUGUGAAUGGAGUUAGUGGAUUUCACCAGGAACUUUGGAAGAGUGUUGGGUAUUAGUGUUGCACUGGAGGAGGAUGAGAAUUGAGCCCUAUUUAGAGGGAACAGAAAGACUUCUGUGAGGAGUGUGGAUAAUAUCACCUACUGCAUUAUUUUUGGCUGCAAAAGUGGAAGAACAGGCUCGAAAACUUGAACAUGUUAUCAAAGUAGCACAUGCUUGUCUUCAUCCCCUAGAGCCACUGCUGGAUACUAAAUGUGAUGUAUGUAAAAAUAAUUCAAUUGGCGUUGCCUUCCAACUGCUGCUUGUUUCUUUUACCACUUAGGAAUGCAAUACCAGGGAGUGAUCUAACAGAAACAUAUUUCAUGCAUAUACAUGAAUUUCAGUAUCAUUCUGAAUCAUGUUAAGGCUGUGAUUCAAAGGUGGUUUUAAGUGUUUCACAUUUUAUUGCUUAUCUUCACAGCAAAGCUAUGAUAUAUGUAGUGGUGAUCUUAUAUCACUUCCAUUGUUUGGGUGCAUUUGAGACCAAAGAUGAAUAACUCUUAAAAUUUGUCAGCAAUGGAAAAAAAAGGAAAGAAAGACCUCUGGUUUUGCCUGUAGACCAGUAAAUAGUAAUUUUACAGAAUUGUUCCUUUAUUAAUGCAUAUAUACUAAUAGUUAUCCCUGUCAUAUGUAAAAAUGCACUGAGAUAAUGGCAUUUAAAGGAGUAAGAUAAUGAUGUUAGCCAUUUAAUAAUAGAGAAUGUAUGAUGAUGCAAAGAUUGUUCUUGUAACUUCUAUUAACAUGAUAAAUUCGGAAUUAUUUUUGGUGAAUACUUAGGGUAUUGUUCAAAUGAUAGAAAUCUAUGUUUAAAAAAUUAUUUUAGUGACCUUUUCAAAAUGGGGCAUAAAUAAAGGUGUUUUUCACUCUUGAGUUUAGCAACAUGUCCUUACAUGAAUAUUGAUGAUGUAUUUUUUUUUUUAUCACCUUAGUUGUUACAAUUUAAGAAAUUUGACAGUGAUAGAAAUUUUUUUCAUACAUCUAUUCCCAGAGCAGUUGCAGUAGGAGAAUAAUUUACUGAAGUUGAAAGAGAAGGCCUUCUGUUUCCCCAUGGUGUAUGAUACAUCAUUUUGGUAUUUUAUAUCUAAAAUGUUUUAAUCUAGAGAUUUGAGGGUUUGCUUUGAUUGUAUUUGUCUUCUCUAAAGAGAGGAAAUUCUACACAAUAACUCUGACUGUUAAGGAAUUUCCACUUGAGAUAUCUUAGGUUGAAUUGAUAAGCCUUUUCUUUAACAGGCAGGUUUGAAUUUGAUUUUCUUACUUGAGUUGGUGCUUCCUUUGGUAAAGUGUCUUGAAGCACCACUGCCUAUGUCAAGUUUUACGUUACAGGCUGGAGCGUUUGUUGUUUUCAAUGAAGCUCUACCUCCUUUCAUGUUAUCAUUGUCUUGAGGGGUUUUGUUGCUAUUUACCUUUUUUGCAUAUCCUGUAUUAGAAGUAAUUCAAUUUAGAUUGGUUGCAAAAUAUAGGAUUUCCCUGUCACCCUCAGUGUAUUUCCUUCAUGUUCCUAAACUAAUCUGGCUCUUCUGUAAUCAGUCUGUGAUUUACAUGAGACUUAGUGGUCCCAUAGUCUCAUAGUGUUGAUCUUAAGCAUUUUAAUAGUAUUAUUUUUACCUGGCAGGCUUACCUUCAACAGACUCAAGAACUGGUUUUACUUGAAACCAUAAUGCUACAAACCCUAGGUUUUGAGAUCACCAUUGAACAUCCACACACAGAUGUGGUGAAAUGUACCCAAUUAGUAAGAGCAAGCAAGGAUUUGGCACAGACAUCCUAUUUCAUGGCUACCAACAGUCUACACCUUACCACCUUCUGUCUUCAGUACAAACCAACAGUGAUAGCAUGUGUAUGUAUUCAUUUGGCUUGCAAAUGGUCCAAUUGGGAGAUUCCUGUGUCAACUGAUGGAAAACAUUGGUGGGAAUAUGUCGAUCCUACAGUUACUCUAGAAUUACUAGAUGAGCUAACACAUGAGUUUCUACAAAUAUUGGAGAAAACACCUAGUAGGUUGAAGAGGAUUCGAAACUGGAGGGCCAAUCAGGCGGCUAAGAAACCAAAAGUAGAUGGACAAGUUUCAGAAACGCCACUUCUUGGUUCAUCUUUGGUCCAGAAUUCCAUUUUAGUAGAUAGUGUUACUGGUGUGCCUACAAAUCCAAGUUUUCAGAAACCAUCUACAUCAGCAUUCCCUGCACCAGUCCCUCUAAAUUCAGGAAACAUUUCUGUUCAAGACAGCCACACAUCUGAUAAUCUGUCCAUGCUAGCAGCAGGAAUGCCAAGUACCUCAUACAGUUUGUCAUCACACCAAGAAUGGCCUCAGCAUCCAGAAUCAGCAAGGACAGAACAGAUGUAUUCACAGAAACAAGAGACCUCUUUGUCUGGUGGCCAGUACAACAUCAACUUCCAGCAGGGACCUUCUGUAUCACUGCAUUCGGGAUCACAUCACAGACCUGACAGAAUUUCCGAUCACUCAUCCAUUAAGCAAGACUAUACUCAGAAAGCAGGGAGCAGUAAACACCAUGGACCAAUUUCUGCUACUCCUGGAGUCAUUCCUCAGAAAAUGUCUUUAGAUAAAUACAGAGAAAAGCGUAAGCUAGAAACCCUUGAUCUGGAUGUAAGAGAUCAUUAUCUAGCCACCCAGGUAGAACAGCAGCACAAACACGUGCAGUCACAGUCAGCCAGCAGCAGUUCUGUCACUUCUCCCAUUAAGAUGAAAAUUCCCAUCACAAACCCCGAAAAACCUGAAAAAUACACGGUGGAUAAGAAGGAAAAGAGUGGAUCGCUGAAAUUACGGAUUCCGAUACCACCCGCUGAUAAGAGUGCCAGUAAGGAAGAACUGAAAAUGAAAAUAAAAGUUGCUUCCUCAGAAAGACAUAGCUCUUCUGACGAGGGCAGCGGGAAGAGCAAGCAUUCCAGCCCACAUGUUAGCAGAGACCAUAAGGAGAAGCACAAGGACCAUGCCGUGAACCGCCACCACCCCAGCGGGCACAAGCAUUCCCACUCCCACAGUGGCAGCAGCAGCGGUGGCAGUAAACACAGUGCCGAUGGAAUCCCACCCACUGUUCUGAGGAGUCCUGUUGGCCUGAGCAGUGAUGGCAUUUCCUCUAGUUCCAGCUCUUCGAGGAAGAAGCUGCAUGUCAAUGAUGCAUCUCACAACCAUCACUCCAAAAUGAGCAAAAGUUCGAAAAGUUCAGGUAGUUCAUCUAGUUCUUCCUCCUCUGUUAAGCAGUAUAUAUCCUCUCACAACUCUGUUUUUAACCAUCCCUUACCCCCUCCUCCCCCUGUCACAUACCAGGUGGGCUACGGACAUCUCAGCACCCUCGUGAAACUGGACAAGAAGCCAGUGGAGACCAACGGUCCUGAUGGCAAUCACGAGUACAGUACAAACAGCCAGCAUAUGGACUACAAAGACACAUUCGACAUGCUGGACUCGCUGUUAAGUGCCCAAGGAAUGAACAUGUAAUCAUUUGUUUAGGUCCAUUUUUCCUUUACUUUUUUAAUUUAAAAAUGGUUAGAAUGGAAAACUUCCUCCUGAUCUAGCAGUGGUGACACCUGCUAUUGCUGCCACUGUUUCAAUAUUUGUAAGUGCUGCUUUAUUCUUCAUUCUGAAAAGAAGAGAUUAUAGUAAACAAGUCUUUAUCUCCACAUAUGAUAGUGUUAUAAAUACUGUAAAAGCAUGGAAGGUGCAAAACUCAGUAUUUCUACAAUUGCAGCUAAGAACAUUAGGAUGAAUGGCUGGCUGCUUCUAGGAAUAUAAGAUGCCUCAAGCAUUCAUUAUUUAUAAUUUGAAUACUGUAGCUAUUUUAUGUUGUUGUUGCUUGGCUUUCGAAUGAGUGUAAAUUGUUUUCUUUUUGUGUAUUUAUACUUGUAUGUAUGAUUUGCAUGUUUCGAUGAUAAAGGGAUAAAACAGUAUACUGACAACUGUUUACAAGAAAGUGGAGAAAAAUGUACAUACAUUUUUGUAUGUUUAGAUAUUACCAUAAAUACUCAGGAUUGGAGCUGCUUGUAAGUAUAACAAUAUAACUUUAUUUUAUCUUGUCCGAGUCCAUCACUAAUCUAAAACAAAGGUGGCACUUUUUCAUGUUAACCUUAAACUCUAGGCCUUACUGGAAGCCACUGAAGGGGGACACUUCACUACAGAUGGGUAUGCAGUGCCACAGAUGGUCAUUUAUUUACACUGUGAGGCACUGAACUUUUGCCUUCAGAGCUUCUGACCAGGUUGGCUGCUGAAAUAGCCCCUACUUUUCUGAAGGCUUGAAGAGGAAAAAAUAAAGUUUACAUACUCUUGAUGUGAAGUGCAUUUUAAAUGUGUGUUGGCUUGUUGCAGUACUAUAAACACAGAGCUGUUAAUAAUGGUUAUGUAGAUUACUGUGAUUUGAAAACUAAACUCACAAAAACUUAUAUAGUGAAGAAUUAGUAAGUUUUUUUCUUAAAUAAAGAACUUUAACACUACAUAUUUUACCAGUAAACAGGGAUUGCUUUUCCUUUAGUGUUCAGAAUGACACCAUAUUCUUAAACAUACUCCUCCCCUGAAGUGUGUUCGUGUGUGAUGCCAUAUUUCUUUUUCAGGUAAAUGCAGUCUUCCUUAUAGAAAUGAAAUUAAACCUGUUGCUCUCUCGGUUCUUUUAUAUUCUAACAAUAAAUACAAAGAAAAGAUCAUUGACUGUGCAUUGUACCUAUAUAUACAGCUUAUGGUUGUUACCAAGAAGCUCUGUGAGAAAAAAGGGUUAGCCUCCAGGUGAACAGCUAGUGGAGGUUUUCCGUUUGUUGCACAUCCCAGUAUAUUCCUGUUGAGAUCAGGUUUGCACAGUCAUCUAACUUCUGAACAAACAAUAGACUUUAACUUGUUUAAAAUUUGUCUGAAACACCAAUAAUGUGGCUCCAGUUUCUCAGCUAAUCUUGAAUUUAUUCUGUGGUAAAUCUUUGAGCUGUUGAGUAUCUUUAGAUGGGGUGAAUUCAACUUUUGUUGAACUAAAAACUGUCUUAAUUUUUUCCUUUAUGUAUAUGAAUUAUUUUUGUUAAAAAGCCACUGAUACGUGCACAAUUGUAAUUUUACUCAAGUAUGUUGCAGUUGUAAAUAUUAGAGUUUAAUCUCGUGCUCUACUUUAUUUAGCAAUUACUUAAUUUGCCAGUAGCUCUAUAAUUUUUUUUAAGAUAAUUGUUCAUUAUUUUGUCAAUGCUAUUUGAACUUAGGAUACUAGGAGCCUCUUUCCAGGGACUUUGCCUAGGGAGCAUGUCCUAACAUUUGUUCUUUGUCUUGCAUAACUUUAGUAAUCUUUGUCAUUACGUGUAACUUUGUUGCUCUGUAUGGCAUAUUAUUGUAUCCAUAAACACAGUAAUUUUGAUACAGUUCUACUUUUACAGUGGUACAUAAUUCGAGGACUAGUAUAGAAUUAAGCUGAGUGCAAGAUGAGGGAGGGAAGGGUUUUGUUCUUGGUAAUUUAGAUGUGAAACCUCUAAGGAGCUAUCAUGUGAAACGACAUAGGGUGGUUGUGCUACUGUAUAAUUGGGGAUGAUAAUACCAGGAAUUUUAAUAAGAUUUUGUAAAGAGUAUCCAAAAAGUAGUGAACUUAUUUUCAGUAUGACAUAGAAACAAUGUGAAUAUUUAAGGUCUGUGACUAUACUUAAACUUCACUAAGAAUUUGCAGAACUGUUUCGAGAUGUGGGAAUAAAGGUAAUUUUGUUGAAUCUUUAUUGGUGCUAAUGAUGGACAGUUUAAAAGGUAGCUAGUAUAUAUUGUUAUGGGUCAGUACUUAUUAGUACUUCCAGAAUUGAAUUUGAAAUGCUAUGUAUUCACUUUUCACUCUGUAAAUGUAAUUCUUUACGAUGACUUUAUUUAUUAAAGGGCAGCCAGUUGUAAUUUGUACAGGAUUGUGUGAGCUAUUCAAACUCUUUAACCUCUGAACAGGAUUAUAGCUUCCAAAUGCACCGUGGGGAUGAAUAUGAAAAUCCUUUUAAGUUUCAUUUCCAUUAAAUGAAAACCCCUAUUACUCAUAUUACUGUUAAUUUGCUUUACCCAUCUCAUUUGCAUAAAAUAGUUCAUCAGCCUAGUCCCAAUAGGCUCAACCAAAGAAAAAGACUCCAAUGAAUGGACGUUAUUACCGAGUCUUUUUGUAAGUAGCCAUAAGUAAACCAAAAUAGUAUCAUCAAAUUUAGCUAUGAAAUUCCACAUGUGCAAAGUACUGUUAAGGUGAUUUACAUUUUUGAUGAGAUUUUUUUUAAAUAUUUGAAAUAUUAAAAAGCAUUAUCUUUAAACAUCCUUUAAAAGAGUGAUUCAUUUUUUUAGUUGUCUUUUCCCUAGGUCAUAGUUUUCUUACCUUUAUGCAGAAGCACAUUGCAUAGAAAGGCUUUACUUCUACCUCUCUAAGUAGUUUUCCAGUAUUGAGCUGUGCCCCCCUAUAUAUUUGCCUUAGCUACUUUAAAAUAUGCUUUCGGAACCAAAAAGCAAAGGAGAGUUUGUUUUUCACUGAGACAUUCUUGGAGGCCUGCUUAACCAAACUAGUGGUGAUAUCCUUUAGUGGUACAACCUUGCAAAAUGCCCCAAUUCCUUCUUGUUUUACCUGAGGUUCGUUUCUUAGGUUUGUCUUUGGAAGCAGUUAAAGGUGCGUCUUGGUCUUUCUCUGCAUGUGCAGAUGCAUUCUGGUUAGAAUCGUUGAGUCCACAUUUCUUCCAUGCCAUGUGAGAGGUGCUUGCAUCACUUUGUUACCAACAGGUUAUAAUUAGGGUAGGAGACCUUAUAUUUUUGGCCUACCCUCCUCCAACUUAACAAGAUGACUAGUCUCCUUCAGAGAACCAAAUUUUAAAUGUUUUUGUUAGUUACCAGUUGCCUUGCCUUAAAGCAUUUUGAGCACAUUUUUUGGUUAGAUUUGAGAAUUUAAAUUGCUGAUUUUUAUUCUUUAACCAACCUUAGAGAUAAACCACUGCUUGCCUAUGCAUCACUGUUGUGUACUGUAGAAUUAUCUUUGGUUGAUCAGAUGUUUUAGGGUAUUUUGCAUUUACUACAGAAAUAAGGAGGGUUGUUUUGGGGUUUGUUUGUUGGUUUACAUGGUAGUAGUAUCUCUAAAGGAAGACAGUUAUGUUCUCAAGACACCUCAUCAUUCCCAAUUUUUAUCUAAUCAGUGAGCAGUUGUUUCUUGCCUAGUACUGUGCACUUUUAAGAUCUCUUUGCUGAGAAACAUUAGAGAGCUCUUGUCGAAGAACUCUUGAUUCAGCAGUCUCUUGCUCGAGAGGCUUUCUUGGAAGGCAAUAGGGUUUGCUAACUGUAUUUACAGAUGAAGGAUCAGUUAAUCCCACGCCCAGGUAACUUGCAUUAACUGAGCUAACAGAAUGAUACUUAAUUUUGUGUACCCAUGUAUUUAUGAUAGGCGAUUUAGAAAACAGCACAUUCUGUCUCUGGCGUCCUAGGGUGUGAAGUUAUGAUACCAUCGUAUUGAGAAUUCACAGUUAUGUUAAGAUCUGAAAUUUGAUUGCUGUAAGCUGACGUAUGUAAGUCAAAUAGAAGUUUGCUUGUUUUGUAAGGGAAGUUUGCCUUGGAAACGUCUGUCUUUAUAGUAGAAAUGAUCUUGGCCAGUGGGACUGGAAUGCUCAGUGUUUGAGGUCUGAUGCCGUGCAUCUAUUUUUUAUUCCACAAUGUUGAUGUGUGCGCUGCCAGCUUUUGUUUCUGUGACUCCUCUUAACUCUGUUCUAUGUAGUUUACUAGUAUCUAUUUUCACCUGACAGAUUCUUUAGAAUAGGUUGAUAAGCAAGACACAUUGAAGGUUGUGUGGCUCCAGCUACGAGUAAUUGUGUUUUCAUCAAGGUGAGGUAACCCGUUCCCUGUGAUCCUUUAACCCCAAAGGAAAUUCUGAGGGCUAAUUUCCUUUAUUUCAAGCUUUUGGGAGGAAGCCUUCCUUAAAAUUUGUUUAGUAGUUGGUUUAAUUUGAUUGCCUGUUGUUUGUUAAGUAAUGAGUACGUUCUUUCUUUCAAGGUGUGUUUUUCAAGUGGAUUUACUUGGUUUGUAAAACCUCACAUGUACUCAUUUGUUGUCAGCAACGAUUGGGAUUUUGUUUUCUGAAUGUACUCAAAACCCCCAAGGACUACUGAAUAGGGUGUUUGCUAAUAGAAAAUCCAAAACAGGAAUGUGUAUAUGUGGCAUGAAUUUGAUUAGUCAUUGAAUUUCAGCUCCGUAUCUAUUACGAGGAAUUAUUAAUAAAAUGUGUUUAUUGAAAAUGUCAAUCCAAGGCUCUAACAUGUCUUGUUAAUGUGAAUCAGAGAUAAUUUUCAGUCCCUGGGAAAUGUGGGAAAUCAGAUCUUAAUGUAAGUUUCUCUUUAUCUGAGUAACUUCAUAUAAUCAAGGAGUGUGUUCUCUCAUUCAGAUUGUCCAUAUUCUCGUCCCAGACCCACCACUUAGCUGAUAUCCUUGGGUGAAUUAGUUGACUUUGUGCCUUGAUUUCCUUACCUACAAAAUGUACCUAUUCUUAGGGUUGUGAAGCUAAGGAGGGAAGGCUAAAGAGAAUAGAUGGCAUUGAAGAGAAUCUUGCCAGAGGUAUAUUUUAGAUAUCGGAGGGAAUGAGGAAGCCCAGUCCAGGUGCAUUAAACUUAGGUGUGUAUUAAACUACAUGCCUACUGUUUCUAGAAUUUCAGUUCGUUCUGAUUCAUACUUUGUGGUUUUCUUGGUUAAACUGUUGCAUCAACUCCCCAAAAAGCAAAGAGGAAUUGCAGUUAUCUGGAAGGGGAAUUAUCCAUGAAAAAAAAUGUUUAAUCAUAAACUGCUUUAUUAUUACUGCCCUGUCCAACCCCUUGAUUUCCCCACGAUUUGCCCAUACCUUCCACUUGAAAGAAAAUUGAAGCCAUGCAGGAUAGAUAGAAAAGUUACUUUCUCUAAAAUGCAUCUAAAGCCUGAAUGUAAAAUAAAUGUUUUGAAAUCAAUUAAAGGAGAGUUGUCUUCAUCUUCUGUUGAUAACACCAGUAAGGGCCUAUUGUAUUAGCAUAUAAAAAGUUACAUGAGUUUGAUUUAGGAACAUUACAAAAUCAGUUAAUUCCACUUAAAGUUAAUAAUUCCAUUUUGUAAUUCAUCCUACUCCAUUGUGUUUGUUUUUUUUUGCCCUGUUUUCAAUAUAAUGAAAAAAUUGUACAUUUUUGUUUUAGCUCUGGUAUAUGACCUGCCUGUUUGUUCUCCCCAAUACUAACCUCCUGUGGCAGUGAAGAGCCUCACUAAUGAAAGGGUUUUUAUUUUACUGGCAUGAAAUUAAGAGCUUUCCCACCUUACAAGUGUCCAGUCAUACACCCAAGAUCAGUUUGGGCGUACUGUUGUUUUUAGUCUUUCAAGGCAUAAAUCUGCCGGAGUGGUUGCUCGAGAGAUGAAUUCAGUCAUAGUUUUUCACAAGUUUGAGAAGUCAUGCAAUAGGAUGAAGUACUUUAGCUUUUCUCAGGCUUGUUUGCUGUUCCUGGUUUUUCACUCUUGUUAAUUUUGUUUACCACCAGUGAAGAUACAGACUGCCUACAUUGGGUACUUUUUUUUUUUUUUUUUAAGUUUAUUUAUUCAGAGAGAACGCGAGCAGGGAAAGGAUAGCGAGGGAGAGAGAAUCCCAAGCAGGCUCCAUGCUCAGCACAGAGCCCAACUCAAGGCUCAGACUCAUUAGGGUGAGAUCAUGACCUUACCCAAAAUCAAGAGUUGGGUGUUGAAGCGACUGAGCCAUCCAGGCGCCUCUCCAUUGGGUACUUUGAAGUUGACAGAAUCCCCUGGAAAGCUGUUUUAGAUGCAAGGUUCUAAGUUACAUAGCUGCUUUAAGCUGAAUUAAUACUUACAAAUGGAAGAAGUAAUAUGACUAAAGAUGGCCCGGUAGGUAGGUGAUGGAGGCUUUUGACUGCUUAUUGAACAGAUUAGGUGGUUUUUAUUUUGGAGCUACUCAUUACCAUAUAAAAGGCCCAGGACUGCUGUAGUGUGGUCAUGCAGGAGGAAGUGGAUAAUGGAAUACUAUACGCUCCCCAACCCCAUAUUCCAGAGCUUGCUCUUUUCCACUAUGGCAGUUCUCUUCACUCAGCCACCGAGGAAUGUUUGUUUACCCUGUGAGGGCUAAAAUAGGUUAAAUGUAGGGAAGUGCUGUAGAGUUGGAACUACUCUGACAGUUUUACCUGAGGACUUAAAUUUCUUUUGGUCGAGCUUGGGGCCCAGGGCAUACGAGAAGAUUUAGUACAUAGUGAAGUGCACUUUUGGAUAUAAUUAAAAACUUGAAUUGUGUGUGGUGAAAAGGGAGGUGGUCAUAGGAAGGCGAUACUGUUGCUAAGUGAAAAAUGAAAAGCUUUUCAUAUCAUUAACCAAGUUCACUAACCAGACUGGUGGAAUUUGUUUAUCAGCCUCCUCGUGAGGUUUUGUCUGAGUAAAAUUUGAUGUAAUUUUACUUAUAAAUCACACAUCUGAGAGGCAGCAGGGAAAGGGCUGUAAAGUCACACAAAUCUGGGUGGCUGUCUCAUCUUCCACCUACAAGUAGGAUGGCCUUGAGAAAGUCACAUUACUAAGAAAAUGAGAAUAAUACAAACCCAAAUCAACCAGAAUUAAAUGAGGUGCUUUUUUAUAUCAGGAGCUCAGUAAAUGCCCUUCCAGCCACCACCUAUCUGCACUCCCAAUCUCCUUUCAGACCUUCCUUCUCCCAAAGGAACAUAAUAAAGGGAGCAAACAUCUAGGCAAUACUAAGAGCAUAAUUCCAACCUGUUAGGUCUUAGGCACAAAAGACUAACAAAAUGAUAUUUUAGGUUAUGCUAAUAUACAAGUAAAUAAGGGACAUAGCUCUUAAAUUCUUACCAAAUACGAGAAAAGAACUGUACAAAUUGGAAAGAAGGAAGGCAUAACCACAAAGACCCAUCUAAACGUGUUGACUAAAAUCUUUUACCUCCAGUUGACUGCAUUUCAGUUACUUCUCAAAAACUUCUAAAAAACCAGCUUGCUUUUUAACAAAAUCCGACAACUGGUGUCGGAAUACACCUAAAGUUAGUUUGUAAUUGUGCCGCUUUGAAAUGAUAGCAGCCAGUACAAAAAUUCUGUAGAGAGAGCUUCAACCAACAGGAAAUGUAGCAGAUGAGUGGAGUCACGGCAAUAGAAACCUUAUCAAAAACGUUUAAUCCACCAACUUACAACAAGGCCUUGUAAUAAUUCAGACAACUUGUCCACUUUUUCUGGUGAGGUUUCCAUUGGUCUGAAAAUGGAAAUGAAGCGUGUGACCUCAGUGGAGAUGUCCAUUCAAGUGAAGUGAGCAAAGUGCCCUGAAAAAGUUGAUACGCUGCACCCCCCCCCCCCCGCCCC